GUAAUCUCCAUGGCAUCCUGACUCCUCUACCCGCGCAGGCUGAUCGUAUAAGGACGUCUCCUUCCCUGUAACAGCGCAGCCUCUGGACUCGGCAACGUCGCUCACAUUCCGAGUCGUGACAAUGUUCAGCAACCUGAUUCAACUUAUUCCUCAGCCUGAUGACGGCCAGGCUAACAAAGAGGCACUCAAAUCGCUUGCGAUGCGUCCUUUGCCAUUGCCAGGAUUCAAGCCAUCGGAAGCUGUACAACAGCGCACGGCGCUGGACAUUAUCAACCAGGACGUGAUUGGAACGACAUUCGAUUUAGUCGGAGAGAGAGCGUUCGAGUACUUGCUCUUCGGAGUCCUUUGCGUCUCCGGCACCAUCCAUUUCCUCACCUUCAAUGUGGAAGUCUCUGUGUCCUUAAGGAUUCCGGUCAUAGGAGACGUGCAGCUAGGCUCUGCCAGUGGGAACCCAAAGAAUGAGAUUACCUUAUCUGUGGGCUCCAAAGCGGUCGCUAGCGGCGCAAUCAUGCUCCACGUCAAGAACGGGAAUGAAGUCUGGGUUCGCAUGAUCCAGCUGAACACUGUUGUCGGCAGCUGGAAUAAGGAAGUCAAGUUGUUUAUUCUAGCGGCUAGGGUCUAUGCUUUGGCAUGAACGAAAUUAUCAAAUUCAUCGUAAGACAUUGUUACGACUAUAUGUACCCGUUGAAGGUCGUCGAUAUUGGUUCUGUCUUUGCACAUGUAAAUUAAUUGACCGAGCAACAUUAUGCACCACGGUACUCAAC